AUGGGCGAGAAGGUUGUCAGUUUCACUGUAUCUACAAUUCUCCAGUUCUCAAAUGAAACCGACAGAAUUGCCCUUAUAGAUUUUAAACAUCGGAUUUUCGAUGAUUCCCAUGGAGUAUUACUUAACUCCUGGAAUGAUUCCCAACAUCAUUGUCACUGGCAAGGAGUGAGUUGCGGUCGCCAAAACCAACGAGUUGUGGCAUUGAGGCUUGCUGAUAUGGGUUUGGUCGGAACCAUAUCUCCUCACAUAGGAAACCUCACUUUCCUCAGACAACUGAAUCUCAGUACCAAUAAGCUGUCCGGCCAAAUCCCAGGAGAGAUUGGUCGUUUGUUUCGACUAAGAUCUCUCGACCUGUCUGUCAACGCACUAACUGGAGAACUACUCGCGGCUAAUCUUAGCAGUUGCUUACAACUCAGGGAAAUCUUCCUUUACCUAAAUGGCCUCCAUGGGAAGCUCCCUGGCGAGCUAGCUAAUUUGCAGAAGCUGCAAAGUCUCUCUCUUGAUGCAAACCAAUUGACAGGUGAAAUCCCUCCAUCUUUUGGGAAUCUUUCAUCCCUUUCAGGAUUGGGAAUGGAGUAUAAUCAUCUGGAGGGGAACAUUCCUGAAGAGAUUACAAAGUGUCGCGGUUUGCUUUUGCUUUCACUGGGUGCCAACAAUCUCACUGGUACACUAUCUUCUACUUUCUUCAAUAUGACUUCCAUUAUCAACUUUUCAAUUACACAAAACUCGCUCCAAGGGACCAUUCCAAGCACCAUAGGAGACACCAUGCCUAACUUGAGAGGUUUCUAUUUUGGUAUCAACAAAUUUCAUGGGACUAUCCCCACUUCAUUUCUCAAUGCCUCUAAGCUUCAACUUCUUGAGUUAUCACAAAACUAUUUUGUAGGCAAAGUUCCAGACGAUAUUGGGAGGUUAAAAGAUCUCCAGCGUUUGAACCUUCAAUACAAUUUUCUUGGUGGCAAUGACUUGGCUUUCAUAACCUCUCUUUCAAAUUGUAGUGAUUUAACACAAUUUUCCAUUGCUGGAAAUAGAUUUGUAGGCAAAUUGCCAAACACCGUAGCUAACCUCUCGUCCAAACUCUCUUUUUUGAGUUUAGCGGGGAAUAAGUUUUCUGGAACGAUGCCAAUAGGAAUAAAUAAUCUAGCUAGCUUGAUUGAUUUAGAACUAGAAGAUAACCAUUUAUCAGGUGUUAUUCCUAGUGAGAUAGGUGACUUAAAAAAUCUACAAGUACUAGACUUGCAAAAAAACCAGUUCUCUGGAAAAAUACCACUUGUUCUUUUUAACAUCACCUCUUUAUCUUCUCUAUUUAUGGACCACAACAACUUAGAUGGCUACCUACCUUCAAGUGUGGGAAACCUUUGGAAUUUGAAUGAAUUGUACUUGUCACAUAAUAGACUCGAUGGCGUCAUUCCUGGAAAAAUUUUUGAUUUGCCAUCUUUGUCUAAGUACCUUGACCUCUCUAGUAAUUCAUUCACUGGCCUGUUAUCUCCUGAUGUGGGCAAAUUGAAGAAACUGAAUACCUUAAACAUCUCUAGAAAUAAAUUAUCGGGCAAAAUUCCAGAAACAAUAGGGGAUUGUUUGAGCCUUGAAUAUCUUGAUAUGCAUGCCAAUCACUUUGAAGGAAAAAUUCCACCUUCUAUGGUUUCCCUAAAAGGCAUUAGGCAUUUAGAUUUCUCAAACAACAAGUUGACAGGAGAGAUACCAAGAGAACUCCAAGACCUCUCUUUCUUGCAAUAUUUGAAUCUUUCUUUCAAUGAUCUGGAAGGUGAGGUGCCAACAAAUGGAAUUUUUGCUAAGGCAAACCAUGUAUCAUUGGUUGGAAACAAAAAACUUUGUGGUGGUAUACCUGAGCUAAAGCUGCCUCCAUGUCAUGUGAAGAAAACAAAACACAAAAAUCAUUUAAAGCUUAUGAUUGUUAUCUUCACAUGUAUCUGCUCGGCUCUGGUGUUUGCAUCAUUCAUUGCUAUUCUAACAUUGUGUUGGAGGAAGCAAAAAAGGAUGGAGUCAGCUAAGCCAUCCAAAGUUGAAAAGCUUUACAAAAUACCUUAUAGAGACCUGCAUCAAGCUACUGAUGGUUUCUCUGAGACAAAUUUGAUCGGUUCGGGAAGUUUUGGCUCUGUUUACAAAGGAAGAUUUGAGCAAGGUGGGGAACAAAUAGUUGCAGUAAAGGUACUUGACCUCCUAAAGAAUGGUGCUUCAAAGAGCUUUCUUGCAGAGUGUAAAGUGUUAAGGAACAUACGCCAUCGAAAUCUUGUUCCUAUUUUGACUUGUUGCUCAAGCUGCGAUUUCAUGGGUAAUGAAUUCAAAGCUUUAGUUUAUGAGUUUAUGGAAAAUGGGGAUCUCGAUGCAUGGUUGCAUCCACAUUCAGAUGGUGAAAGGACAAAUGUUUUGAGUGUUGUUCAAAGAUUAAACAUUACAAUUGAUGUUGCUUCGGCAUUGGAUUAUCUCCACAAUGAUUGUGAACCCCCUGUUAUUCAUUGUGAUCUAAAGCCCAGUAACAUUCUUCUUGACAAAGACUUUACCGCUCAUGUUGGAGAUUUUGGGUUAUCAAGGCUUUAUUCACGUACAAUUGGAGAUUCACCAGGAAAGAGUAGUACGCUUGAAUUAAAGGGGUCAAUUGGCUACAUUGCACCAGAAUACGGGACGGGAGCAAAUGCAACAACUUGUGGAGAUGUAUACAGUUAUGGAAUCUUUUUAUUGGAAAUACUCACUGGAAAGAGACCCACUUAUGAUUUUUCUAGUGACGGUUGUAGUAGCCUUUUUGAAUACGUUGAGACAGCAUUGCCAGAUGAAGUGAUGAAGAUUGUAGACCCAUUGCUUCUAGCAUGCCAAGAAAGCAGCAAUCAUGGAAUAAGAGGGAAAGAACAGUUGAAAAAUCCUGGCAAGUUGGUGGAAAUUGAAGAGAGAAAGAUGGAUGAUUUCUUCAUCUCCGUGUUCAAACUGGGGCUCUGUUGUGCUUCUAGAUCACCAAUGGAUCGUGGAAACAUUAAAGAUGUCGCCAGAGAGUUACAGAAGAUAAGAAAUGCGUUCUUUGUUUGAGGGAUGGGAUGAACUUUGUUAUAUAUGCUUUGUGUUUCAACUUUUAUAUUUUCAUCUUGUGACAGGAACGUGUGCAAUUAGCCUAAUAUGUACGUGUUCUUGUACAUUUCAAGCUUUCAUUACUUUAAU